AUGUCCUCGCUCUAUAUGAGGAUGCUAGGCAAUAACGCACUCAGCGAACAGGGAAAUCGAGCAUUCCUCAGUUUGGCGGAGGUGACGCAGGCAUGCCGUACUCUCCGGGGAAUGAACUUUUUGGCCGAAGCUUACAUCGAUACACACCUCAUGUCGCUGGGUACAGAGGGAGCUGCAACCGCCCCAGUGUCGCGCACAGAAAGACUGCGAGUUCUGCGAGCCCUUUAUCGACGCCAGAUCAUCUGCAACGCGUGGGCACCGACCCGGCGCGAGCCCGAAUGGAACGAACGAGAUACGGCCGCCAUUGGCAACACUAGCAGCCAUCGGCAGGUGCGCCUGGGUCUGUUCGCCGCCUUUGAACCCUGGGAGCUACAGCAGGUUGAUCACAUUGACUUCUUCGUCACAAGGAUGUGCAGAGCCCUCUACUUUAGCAGGCAGGAGGCGGCGCAGCCUAUGAGCGAGGCAGAGUUUGGCGAAAUCUUUUCACAAAUCGACUACUUGGUGCAGUAUAUGCAAAAGCAUCCCAAUAUCGCAAAAGCGGCUCUCCGAACAGUACAAUCACCUCCGCGGCUGACUAACUAUGAACCCCAUAAUGCAACAUAUCACCGAUUUGCAGACCGUUACUCCCUGCUCUGCAUGCACUUUUCCUGGCAGAGUUAUCGGCUGGAAACCUUUCCUGACCCGAUGAGAGACCGUCGGGGCCAACAAGCAGAUAGUAACGAAGCUAGGUUUGGCUUCAUUGGGGAUGCGGUGGACCUGGUUCCGUUUGGUUGGACGGAUGCGCUCAACCGACGAUAUGUGAACUGGUUUGGAGAUGCCCUGCUCGAUAUGACCCCCUGGAUGCCAGAGUCAGAUGCAGAUGAGGAGCUGCGCCUCGCAAGAUAUGCUUCUUUAGGUUUGUGGCGAAAUGCCGGGUUUGCUUUGUGGGACAAGAAACGAGUUGAGGCUUUGAAGGAAGUGGACUCGCUGAGGACUCUGUCGACCGGAUGGCUCGACUAUUAA